CUUGGCGCGCGCCCGACCACAUAUAAAUACGAGGCCGGGGAACUUCGUCGGCUGAAUGGGCAUUAGGGCCUCGCGCGUGCCACAUCUUUAGAUUUCCUUUUUCACGCUCCAAGAUGUUUGCCGCGGUUACUUGGUGCCUCGUGCUGUGCGCCGCUGCUCUAAACGCCCAGCCAUUUCAAGUCGGAGAGAAGAGGGAUGCUGCUGCUGCUGCUCCUGGGCUGAUUACUUUCCCCGAGACACCUGUUGCUACUUUACGCCACGACGAGCCGAUUUUGAACAAAGCUAGUUCUGAGUUGAUGAGAGAUCAGCGUUCGGCGGACGAAGAGUACGAUUAUGUGGAAGACGCCGCGGAGGACGGUCCCGAGGGUCGACACUUGCACAAAAUCAAACGCAAGCUCAAGCGCAAGUUCAAGCCACACAAGUACGGCGGACUGUUGGGUGGAUUUGGGGGUUACGGCGGACACGGCGGCGGGCAUCAUCACGGCGGCUAUGGAGGCUACGACUGUCGCACACUUCACGGAUGCGGCGGCUUCGGAGGUUGGCAGCAGCCGUCGUACGGGCCAGUAGCCACGGCAAUAGCGGGUCCCAGUCACGGAGGGGGAGGCUGGCACCCCGGCUACGGCGGCUACGGCGGCUACGGCGGCUACGGCGGAUACGGCGGCAGGCCAACCGCGCAGGCGUCUGCUUGGAAUUUCGGACCCUUCAGCAUCGGCUGGGCCAACGCCGGCAAAUAAAGUGUCCUCGUCGAAACGGACAGAUUUUGUAAAUAGCGUAUCCUCAUCUGUAAGCGACCUCACGUAUCGUCCUCGAAAGGCAAAAUAUCCCGCGUCGAGUCCGCGCGCAAAAAGACGGCGCGCAGCAAAGUGUCCAGGACUAAGCUCUGCCGGCGAUGUUUGUAAAUAAAGAACCAGUCCCGCCGAGGCAUCGGACUACAACGAAAUCGGCCGGCGAGCGAGCGAAGAGGAAGGCGGACGCGAAGAAAAGACAGCGACAGGAGCAAGGACCUGCCACCCCCGAGCGAUCGAGAUUUUUCAAGCCCCGAGACUCUCUCCUCUCUCUCUCUCUCGCGCGCGCGCACGCGCGCGCGUUCGCUUUGUCCGCUGCUGCUUUGCUCGAGGAGCGCAGCCACCAGAUGUUCCUCAAAAGGCGAAACCGGUAAAAAUUGGCGAACCGGCCGACGACGAGAGAAACAAAGGGGGAAUUAAAGGGAGCGGACGCGCGCGCGAAGGGAAGCAACGAGAGCUGCGCACCAGAAAAAGAGAAACUCUGCACCAAUGAUGAGACAGUUCAAAGCAGCUUUCUCUCUCUCUCUUUCUCCAUUGCCUUGCUUACUGUUCCUUUCCAUACCGACGCCGUUCGAUCUCGCGCGUAGAGCUUGUAAAUAUGCUUCGCCAGAAUUUUCAGUGCGGAUUCUUCGUCGUGGCGUUCAAGUCACCAUUACUUCAUAUAUGUAUCAUAUAACUGUUCGUAAACUGAAUAAACA